GCGGCUCCGCUAAGCCCCCGCCUCCCCAGGUCCCGGAGGCAGCGGCGCAGCGGAGAGCUGGGUUCGGGCCGGCGACGGUUACGCCCAGGGAGCCCGGCACGGACAGCAACAUGAGGGCCACCUCUGGGCCUCGGCUGGAGGAGGGCGACUCGCGUCCUCCACGAACCCUUCCACCUGUGCCAAGUUCUGUUCAAGAUGACAUUCCACUUAAUCGUCCUAAGAAAAAGAAGCCCAGAACAAAAAACACACCAGCUCAUGCUUCUUUGGAAGGCCUUGCUCAGACUGCUGUUCGUAGGCCAUCUGAGGGCACUGAGCCACCAACUGAAGAGCUCCAAGAGAAUCUAGAUGCUCCUAUUCAAAGGAGACAGAAGAAGACAAGGCUGCCUCUUGAAUUGGAGACUUCUGUCACCCAAAAGAAGAUUUCUAGUCCAACUUUAUUACGAAAUGAAAAUGGUAUUGAUAUGCAGCCAGCUGAGGAGGCAGUUACCCAAAGACCUCGAAGAAAGACAAAGAAAACCCAGCCAGCAGAAUUACAUUAUGCCAAUGAGCUAGGAGUAGAAGAGGAAGAUAUAAUUACUGAUGAGCAAAGUGCUCCAGAACAACAGUCUGUAUUCACUGCACCCACUGGCAUUAGCCAGCCCGUAGGCAAAGUAUUUGUGGAAAAAAGCCGGAGAUUCCAGGCUGCUGAUCGUUCAGAGUUGAUAAAGACCACAGAAAACAUAGAUGUGUCAAUGGACAUGAAGCCUUGCUGGACCACAAGGGACGUGGCACUUUCAGUGCACCGGGCCUUCAGGAUGAUUGGUCUCUUUUCUCAUGGAUUCUUGGCUGGCUGCGCGGUGUGGAAUAUUGUUGUAAUAUAUGUUUUAGCAGGAGACCAGCUAUCUAACCCCUCAAACUUUCUGCAACAAUACAAGACCCUUGCGUACCCAUUCCAGAGUCUUCUCUACUUGCUUUUGGCUCUGAGUACGAUUUCAGCUUUUGACAGGAUUGACUUUGCUAAAACAUCAGUAGCAAUUCGAAAUUUUUUGGCAUUGGAUCCAACAGCUUUAGCAUCUUUCUUGUACUUUACUGCUCUUAUACUAUCUCUGAGUCAGCAAAUGACAAGUGACAGAAUCCACCUUUACACACCUUCUUCUGUUAAUGGUAGUCUCUGGGCAGCAGGAAUCGAGGAACAAAUUCUCCAGCCGUGGAUUGUGGUGAAUCUGGUCGUAGCUCUUCUGGUUGGAUUAUCUUGGCUUUUUUUGUCUUACAAGCCAGGCAUGGAUCUUAGUGAAGAGUUAAUGUUCUCUUCUGAUGUGGAAGAAUAUCCUGAUAAAGAUAAAGGAAUCAAAGCCUUGUCAUAAUUCCAACUAACCUUCAAAGGAAUAAUGAUCUACUAUUUUUCCCAUUUUUUAAAAUGUAUUUUUAUAAGGUGUGUAUAUGUGUAUUUGUAAUAGAUUUUUUUGAUUAUAUAAUACUGAAACAUUUCUCAAGAUUAUGAGAAAUGUUAAAAUUG